AGCACGGCGGAGCGGAGCGAAGCGCCAGGCAGUCCCGAGCAGAGGCCGGGCCCGCAGCCGCUCCGCCUUCCGGCCCGCAGAGCCCCGACGGCCGCACCGCGGGCUCCUCCCGCCCGCGAGGACACGCGCAUGGCGUCCUGGGGGAGGCUCUGAGUGCGGGGUCGCGGCGCCGCAGGCCGCACCAUGGCCCUGGAGCAGGCGCUGCAGGCGGCGCGGCAGGGCGAGCUGGACGUGCUGAGGUCGCUACACGCCGCCGGCCUGCUGGGGCCCUCGCUGCGGGACCCGCUGGACGCGCUGCCCGUGCAUCACGCGGCCCGCGCCGGGAAGCUGCACUGUCUGCGCUUCCUGGUGGAGGAGGCCGCCCUCCCCGCCGCGGCCCGCGCCCGCAACGGCGCCACACCGGCCCACGACGCCGCCGCCACCGGCCACCUCGCCUGCCUGCAGUGGCUGCUGUCUCAGGGAGGCUGCAGAGUGCAGGACAAAGACAAUUCUGGUGCCACAGUCUUGCAUCUGGCUGCCCGCUUUGGCCACCCCGAGGUGGUGAACUGGCUGCUGCAUCAUGGCGGUGGGGACCCCACCGCAGCCACAGACAUGGGCGCCCUGCCUAUCCACUACGCUGCCGCCAAAGGAGACUUCCCCUCCCUGAGGCUUCUCAUCGGGCACUACCCUGAAGGAGUGAAUGCCCAAACCAAGAACGGUGCCACGCCCCUGUACCUGGCGUGCCAGGAGGGCCACCUGGAGGUGACGCAGUACCUGGUGCAGGAGUGCGGCGCGGACCCGCACGCGCGCGCCCACGAUGGCAUGACCCCGCUGCAUGCCGCGGCGCAGAUGGGCCACAGCCCGGUCAUCGUGUGGCUGGUGAGCUGCACCGACGUGAGCCUGUCAGAGCAGGACAAAGACGGCGCCACCGCCAUGCACUUCGCGGCGAGCCGCGGUCACACCAAGGUGCUCAGCUGGCUACUGCUGCACGGCGGGGAGAUCUCGGCCGACCUUUGGGGCGGGACCCCUCUGCACGACGCCGCUGAGAACGGGGAGCUGGAGUGCUGCCAGAUCCUGGUAGUGAACGGCGCGGAGCUGGACGUCCGCGACCGCGACGGGUACACGGCCGCCGACCUGUCGGACUUCAACGGCCACAGCCACUGCACCCGCUACCUGCGCACGGUGGAGAACCUGAGCGUGGAGCACCGUGUGCUGUCCCGGGAUCCCUCUGCUGAGCUGGAGGUGAAGCAGCUGGACUCAGGCAUGUCCUCACCCAACACCACCGUGUCGGUCCAGCCGCUGAACUUUGACCUCAGCUCACCGGCCAGCACCCUCUCCAACUACGACUCCUGUUCCUCCAGCCACUCCAGCAUCAAAGGCCAGUGCCCUCCUCGCAGGCUUUCCAGCGCCAGAGCUGCAGACAUACAGAGCUACAUGGACAUGCUGAACCCGGAGCUGGGUCUGCCUCGGGGCACGACUGGCAAACCCACACCCCCACCACCCCCACCCAGCUUCCCCCCACCACCCCCGCCCCCAGGCACCCAACUACCCCCACCCCCACCUGGCUACCCCGCUCCCAAGCCUCCUGUGGGACCACAGGCAGCUGACAUCUACAUGCAGACCAAGAUCAAACUCCGCCACGUGGAGACAGAGGCCCUCAAGAAGGAGCCGAGCUCCUGCGACGGCCACGACGGGCUGCGGAGGCAGGACUCCGGCCGCAAGCCCCGCGCCUUCAGCAAGCAGCCCAGCACGGGGGACUACUACCGGCAGCUGGGCCGCGGCCCCGGGGAGACGCUGGCCGCACGCCCGGGCAUGGCGCACAGCGAAGAGGCGGCGUUGCUCCCCGGGAACCACGUUCCUAAUGGCUGCGCCGCGGACCCUAAGGCGUCCAGGGAGCUACCGCCGCCGCCCCCGCCGCCGCCGCCGCCCCUGCCCGAGGCCGCGAGUUCACUGCCGCCCGCCCCACCUCUGCCCCUCGAGGGCGCUGGCCCUGGCUGCGGGCAGCGCCGCUCCUCCUCGUCCACCGGCAAAGUGAGAGUCCUGAGACACAGGAAGAGCACCAAGUCUUUCAACAUGAUGUCCCCGACGGGCGACAACUCGGAGCUACUCGCUGAGAUUAAGGCAGGCAAGAGCCUGAAGCCGACACCGCAGAGCAAGGGGCUGACCACAGUGUUCUCAGGCAGCGGGCAGCCGGCCUCCCAGGUAGGCAGGCCCGGCAGGAGCCUGCGACCCGGGUCCCCUGGCCCCAGGCCACUGGGCGCUCAGCCCCACCGCUUCUCCCUGCAGCCCGACUCAACGCUGCCGCCUGUGUCACCUACACCGUCACCAGCCCGGAGCCCCACACCGCCAGCUGCAGGUUUUCAGCCGCUGCUCAAUGGAAGCUUGGUUCCGGUGCCACCUGCUACCCCUGCGCCCGGUGUGCAGCUGGACGUGGAGGCGCUCAUCCCUACCCACGAUGAGCAGGGCCGGCCCAUCCCCGAGUGGAAGCGCCAGGUGAUGGUGCGCAAGCUGCAGCUGAAGAUGCAGGAGGAAGAGGAGCAGAGGCGGAAGCUGACCGCCGCCAGCUCAUGCUGCUACCCCCGCGAGGGCUGGAGGUACUCACGCGAGUACAACGCCAUCCUCGGGCCCUUCGGCGAGCUCAUGACCGAGGCCGACAUCCUCCGCAUCGAGCAGCAAAUCGAGAAUCUGCAGGUGCUGCACAAGGCGAAGAAGCUGGAGGAGCGCCUGGAGCAGCUGGAGCUGGAGCUGGAGCAGCUGCUGCCCGUCUCAGCCGCCCUGUCGGCGCCGCGCUUCACCGUCGAUCCGCGCCGCAUGCACGGCCGCGCCGUCAGCCUGCCCGCCUGGUGCAGCAAGAUUUCCACGCUGCUCAAGAGCAUGGCCACGCUGCUGGCCACGCUGGGCGGCCGGCCCGCGCACCUGGCGGAGCUGCUGACAGCCGACACGGGCCAGCCCCUGGCGCCGCUGCCCGACGCGCCCUGGCGGCCCGGGCCGCAGUGUCUGGGCCGCUCGCAUUCCCUCAGCUGGUGCCGCGAGGCCGUGGCGCGCGAGAUCCUCGAGUGCGGCGUUUCGGUGAAGCAUCUCCGCGCCACCUACGAGCUGCGCGCGCAAGGCGCGGCGCCCGCGCGCUGUCCGCGCCACAAGCCCCCGCAGUCCGCGGGCGCCCCGGGCCGUGAGCCCAUCCUAGAGGAGGACUACGUGGCAGCCGGCUCCAGCCAGCCCAGCGCGGUCGCUGCCGACGCCGCCGCUCACGGCCCGCUGACCGACUGGGAGCCCCUGGGCACCCUGGGCCCUCCCGAGGCGCAGGAUCGCCAGGCGGCGCUGCCUGAGCCCGAGGAGCUGGCGCGCCGGCCACCCCUCUGCACCGAGCUGGGCGGCGUCCAGGACUACCUCGACCUGCGUAAGGAGCGCAUCGUCUACCUCUUCCUGGAGCACUGGCGCCGCUGGGCCUUUCGCGGCCCGGGCCGCCGCGCCCAGGCGCGCCUACGCAGACUGCUGCCCCGCGUGGUGGCCGCCGGUGACGGCCCGGGGCUGGAGGCCACGGACGCCACAGAUGACCCCCGGCCACCGGCGAGCAACGGCGUGGCCCGCGGCCCCGGUGAGCGGCUGCGGCAGCUGCUGAGGCAGCGGCAGGCGGUGGGCAAGCUGCUGGGCCACUGGCGGAGCCUGCUGCGGCGCGUGCCGGCAAGCCCAGGGCUGGCGCACGGCUUGUACUGGCCCCAGCACUUCCUGCCACCCUUGGACGGCGGCGCACCGCCUAGCUACGACAGCCUCACGCUCGACCUCUUCAUGCUCGGCUACUUCCAGCUGCUGGAGAUGGGCCUGAGCCGCGAGGAGCGCAAGUUCCGCCACCUGCUGUGCUACGAGAUGUUCGACCGGCUGGGCAGCCACCCGUGGGAGCGCAUCCGCCUCUUCCAUCGUGUGGUGCUGGAGGAAGUGGAGGUCGGCCGGCGCAGCUGGAGCGAUGGCUUCGAGGACCUCAGGCACAGGUUCUUCGGAGACGGCCUGGAGGCUGAGCUGGCCCCCGAAGAACAGACGAAGAAAAAGGAAGAGGAGGAGAAAGAACAGGAGCGGACGGAAGAAGCCGCCCCAGUUGAGAUUGGUGACCCGCCCAAGGGGCAGCCCGAGGCCCCGGCCGCUGCCCCGCAGCGGCCACCCCCGCCCGCCGCGCCUCCCCCGAUCUCAGACUCUCCUGGAUCUGAAGGCCCCACCGAAGACCCCUUGGAACUGGUGUCUGAGAUGGGCGAGUUCAGCAACGAGGACAUCUGCCGCUACAUCGACCGCAGCUUCUCCUUCUGGAAGGAGAAGGAGGCAGAGCUAUUUGACAUCUGAGCGGCGGAAUUUGGAAUUCACAGUUCACCCUCGAGCAUCUUAACCUGUGCCUGGAUGUCUGUCUGACGCCCUCCGGAGGCCGGCAGCAGCAGGAAGAACCCGGGAUGGUGACCUUGAACCGCCCAGAGGGCCCAGGACCAGGCUGCCUCAGCCUCUGAGGUCCCAUCAUGGGGGGUUGGCCAGAUAGACAGGUCAUGCACGAAACAAACCAGGUGUCCCCCUCUGAGACCCUGGCCUUGCUGGGCUCUGUGUGCAGCCAGGCAGCAAAAGAAGCCCCUCUGAGUGAGGGCUGCGGGUCCCCCUUGCAGCAGUGUGGUCUGCUCUCCGGUUUUCCACUGCAGUUCACAGCUACCUCCUUGGCUGAGGUCAAGGAAGCCGCGUGUGCAGUGUUGUCUGUGAAGUGUGCAGUGUACAGACCUUCUGUUCUCCUGUAACAUUCAGGAAAUAAAACUCUUUGCUGUAAA